AUGCCCCCCCGUCGAGCUGCUCGCUCGGUGAGCAGGAAAAGCACUCCUCUGUCGCCCCCAAAGGCUUCGUCAAUCUCUAUCUCUCCUGACGCAUCAUAUGGAAAACCCCUUCCGUCCAGAUCCUCAGGCCGCGAUGUCACCGCCGCCCAGCAUCAAUUGCAGAACAUUGACGAGGUGUCGGCCGCCGUGGAUGAGGAGUCUGAGCCCCAGCAAGAUGACGAGCUUACUAACAGAUUCUCGCCUUCUCUUGAACCAAGUUCUCAACGCUCUGACUUGCAGAGCAUGUUGGAUCAGCUGGAUCCAGUUGCCAUAAUCGACAACAUCACCCUUCUACAUGACGACUCCAGCGAUCUACUUAAUCUCUUUGGCGGACUCGAUGAUGCUGCACUCAGUACCUUUAUGAGAAAGCUGUCAGAACCGAACUCUCCCCAUCGCAAACGCUUUCGAAUUCGAGAAAAAAGAUUCUUGACCAGUCGAGAGCCAUAUGGGGAGUUGGAAUUCAUUAAGCCAAACCUCGUCCUACAUUGUUUGACAGCGAACUCCGCCGAGGGCGCUCCUCACGGUCCCUGGAGACCAGAUCCUGUUCUGUAUUUGGCCAAUCUCGCCCUGCAAAUGAUCGCCGUGUUGAGCGGAAACCCGGAAGAUGAAAUCGACUAUCUCGAGUACAUGUUCAACAACUUCCCAUCACCAUUCGCUGACAUGGAUUCUUUCGCAAUUGGGGACCAUAUGCAGGAGCAGACUGCCGACAUCACUCUCCAACUUCUCACUCAAUUUUAUAUUCACCGAGCGGAAGCGGACAACGCUCGCCCGGAAUUUGACCCGGAUGCCUUGCUCGAGCAAAUAUUCUGGGUUGACGACGAGUCGCAACGGGUAUCCACGCAUCUAAGCGCACCUGAGAACGUUGCCGAGCGCAUAGAGGCCAUCAGAAGCCACUUCCGCAUUGACCCACAACAGUCGGUGGAUGUCGAUGCUUUAAAGCGGCAAUUUUCGUGGCCGGACUUCGUCGUUCAACUGGCAAAAUGGACCAUGGCCCGCAAACAGGAACUCGACGACCUGAUCCGAUCAAAUGGUGGUAUAAGUACCAUGAGUGCCAUGCUUGCUGCCAGAGCUCCCGAGGUUAUUUCAGCCGACCGCCCAGAGCUGCAGGCCCCAUCAGGGCCGCCGACAGGCAGCAAGCUCAAUUCCCGCUACAAUAGACUGAAAUCGCUCAAAGCAAUGCAUGCCGCUGAGACAUCUGGUGCUGAUGCAAGUCUAGCCAUGGUCGCUGAGAUAGAGUCGAUUCGCGAAACCCCACAGUCACCGAUACCUACGCAGAACGUUCAUAAUGGGCCCGGGGACGAAGCUGAGUCUUCCGUCCAGGUCCCGGAGUCUUCUGAAGUGGGUCUUGAAGACGAAGGCGAUCCUGUUCUGACUCAGCAGACCGAUCUAAUACUUGAGACACUUCGCCGACAGAAGGAACAGAGCGAAAAGGAGAACAAGGAGGUCGUGGCCAAGAAAACGUCUUUUCUGGACCGACAAGAGGACGCCGAGAGAGUUCCAUGGAGCGAAGCUUCCGAAGGCGAUUCUCCUCCUCGGCAGCCGGCAAAGCGCCAGAGGUCAGCGACUGAACCAUCAGAAGACGAUGAUGAAUACGAGACCGAUCAAAGAGUUGUGAAGAUGCCUCGAGUCAGUAACAUGCAAGGCAGACGACAACCUGGGAUAGUUCGGGAUCGUGAUUUAGGCCGCAGACCAUCAACCACGGAGGAAGUUAAUCGAGAGGCGGAAGAUGACGGUGACGGCCAAGAGGCAUCGCAGGCCACAUCUACUCCUCAGAGAGGGCCACCUCCUAGAUCGAAUCCAGCAUUACUAGCUUCUCGCCUUACUGAAGCCGGACGACCUAGACACCGCAUGCCACGUUCAACAGCACCACAACCAGACACGACCCAAGCAGGUGCCCAACAACCGUCGACCAGCCGCCCAGCCCUUCACACAAUCUCUCCGUCACGAGCGCCCUCUUCAAGCCCGCCAAACCAGCAGCGCCCUUCGACGGCUCCCACUCGACGCGUUGCUCCUCCUGCUCAUGCUGAUACCCCAUUGGAUAUGGAACCGCCUCGUUCGCAAUUUUCCCGCGUGAAUCAAGAGGCCAAGCUCGCAACGCGUCUCUCCCGCGAAAUUCACUCAAGCAGCCAAAUCCAAACCCGCAAACCCUAUACCGACGCCGAAAUUGAGCGUCUGAUGGAGAUGGUGGCCAUGCACGGAACGAAAUGGGCACUGAUCCUCCAAAAGGAUCUUGGCCAUCCGGAUGGGCCGCUGUUGCAAAAUCGGACGCAGGUGCAGUUGAAGGAUAAGGCUCGGAAUAUCAAGUUGGACUUUUUGAAGUACGUCUAA